AUGCAAAAAACUUACGCUCAAAAGGCCGGUCAAAGAAGAAGUCGAAAUACGAAUUGUCAAUGUUUAGCAAAAAUUCGUCUUGAAAAAAGUCGGCUUAAUCUCUCUCAUCCGUGUGAAGUUCAUCUCUUAUAUAAUCAUAAUCAUCCAUUAGAAACUUUAAAUAUUACACCACAAACGCCUUCGAUUGCUUCUGUCGGUUCGACAAGCGAUGAAAGCGGGAAAAGUACACCUCAACAUAAUCUGGAAUUUGAAUCAAGUAUGAAUAAUGAUAAUGAUCUUUAUAGCUCUUAUGAUAACAUUUCUCAUGCUCAAGAUGAUUUACAACCUCCUCAUCAAUCCUCCCCCCCUUCCACUACUUUCGUUUUAAAUAAAUUCCAUCAAUUCGUUAAAGAAAUCGAUUUAGAUAUAUUAAAAGGUGACAAUGAAUACUGUCGUGGUAUUAUCAAGUUUAUGGAAUCUUAUCGGCAAGCAAGAGCCAUUGGUCUUUCUAACGCUACUCAAUUCUUUAAUCAAUUGUCUUGGACUGAUUCCUUAAAUCAAGGCGCGCACAUCGGUUCCAUCGAUACUUUCUCCGACGGAAAUGAAGGCUCCUUUAUAGAAUAUUCUCCUCAUCAUCAAUUUCCUCAUCAUCAAUUUACCACGAUACCUGUUCAAUUCUCUAAUGUUCCAAACGAUCAGUAUUUACCUCAUCAUCAUGGAUCUCCAUCACAAUCCGCAAUUAUUAACGAUGAUUCAACAGCUAUUAGACCAUCUUUAAAACGUGCGGCAACCGAUCAACCUAUUCAAGAAAUCGAUCCGCAAAAUGUCAAUUUACGUAAAAGGAGAUCGACUAGUGCAAAAAGGCAAAAUUUGAAUAUCAUCGGGCAAAAUUUAAAUGAAUAA